GUGGCAUGCAUGAUCUGUACACCUCGUGUUUGUCAUGUUGUAAACAUAACCUGUACCUGUUGUCUUACGUUAAAAAUAUUUUAUUUAUGAUUAUAGUUGAAACAAACAAAAAUGGGAAAGGUUCAGCGAUAUUUUAAUAAAACAGAAGAUAUUUCUCCAAGUUCUAAAACCUCUCCGAGUAAGGACACAAUAGUAUAUAAUAUCAAACCCAAAUUAAAACCGUGGGGUAGAAGACAAAGUGACAAAGUUAUAAACAAAAAGAAAAAAGUCGUGAAACUCCCAAACCCUAACCCUAAAUUCAAAGGCAAGGUUCCCAUUCCAAAAAAACGUCUCAAAAAGUAUGCAAGGGGUGAAGGAAUUAAUAAAACUGGAAUUAAAACAAAAAUUCAUCAGAAAAAAUUUGAGAAAAAAGAAAAAGUUAUAAAAUUUGCAGCUCAACAAGCGGCUAGAGCAGAAGUCUUACUAAUUGAAGAAGAAGGGUUUCUAGAAGCUGAUGCUGGUGAAACUACAACUCAGUUCACGCAGAAACAAAUAAGAGAAAAUGUAGACAUAACAGCUGCUAGUAAAUGUUUUGAUUUGCGUCUUGAAGAUUUUGGGCCAUAUCGCAUGAAGUAUACAAGAAAUGGACGUCAUAUGUUGUUGGGCGGUAAAAGAGGACACGUUGCUGCUUUUGAUUGGGUUACAAAAAAAUUACACUGUGAAAUAAAUAUGAUGGAAUCAGUUCAUGAUGUUUGUUGGCUACAUCUUGAAACUAUGUUUGCCGCGGCACAAAAAGAAUGGGUUUAUAUGUAUGACAAUCAGGGAAUUGAGUUGCAUUGCAUUAAAAAACUACAUAGAGUUACUAGAAUGGAAUUUUUACCAUACCAUUUUUUGUUAGCUGCAUGUAGUGACAUGGGUUAUUUGAGUUGGUUGGACAUUUCUAUUGGUCAGAUGGUAUCACAAUUUAAUUCAAGAUUAGGAAGAUUAACCAUGCUUACACAGAAUCCAUGGAAUGCCGUUUUAUGUGUUGGACACGUCAAGGGAGUUGUUUCUAUGUGGUCCCCAAAUUCUAAAGAUCCUCUGGCAAAAAUGUUGUGUCAUAAAGCGCCCUUAACUGCUCUUCAUGUAGAUCCUAGGGGACAAUAUCUUGCAACUGCUGCCAGUAAUAGAGAACUUAAGAUAUGGGAUGUACGAAAAUUAGAAGGACCGGUCCAAGAAUACAAACUCAUAACUGCUGCAAAUAAUUUAAAUUUUUCCCAAAAAAAUAUGCUAGCUUUAGGAAUGGGAAAUGUUGUAGAAGUGUAUAGGGAUUGUUGCACCACCGCGACAAAACGGCCAUAUUUGCGUCAUCGUUUUACGACAUCUAUAGGUAAUUUAAACUUCUGUCCUUAUGAAGAUGUUUUGGGAGUUGCAACAGCAAAAAGUGUUACUAGUUUACUUGUGCCUGGUUCAGGUGAACCUAAUUUUGAUGCCUUAGAAGCUAAUCCAUUCCAAACUAAAUCACAAAGGAAAGAAGCAGAAGUUAAAUCUCUUCUUGAGAAGAUUCAACCAGAGCUAAUUACUUUAGAACCUAAUGUUAUAGCGGAAGUUGAUAUUCCCACGCUGAAGGAUAAAAUAGACGCCAAACAAAAAUUACUUCACGUGAAACCACCUAAAAUUAACUAUACACCAAGAAACAAGGCGAAAGGUAAAGGAGGUUCCGCAAAAAUUGCUAAAAACAAAAAAAUUGUUCAAGAACAAGCCAAAAAAGAGUUUGUUAAAAGCACUAAGGAUUUCAUUCCAAAGUUGAAUAUCCAGAAGGAACAACAGAAAGAGAGUGGUGUCUUGGACAGAUUUUUACCCAAGAAACGCAAAACGUAGUGUUUAUUUGAAAUAUAUGAUUUACUGAAGAAUAAGUGGAAUUAUUUCUUCAACCAAGUUGUCUCUAUUUGCCACGUUGACCUGAAAAUUCACAUUGAAAAUUUUUAUAAUUUUAUUAAAAUAACAUACUGUGAAUAAAUGAUUAGAUGUA